AUGGAUCAACUGCGGCCUAGCCAGGCUGGAAUGACGGACGAGUAUGAAGAAGACAUGGGUGCUGACGAGCCAGAAGCUGCUGCUGUUGGCGUGAGCUCCAGGCAGCCUGGCGAUCUUGUCGAGUUGAAACAAACUGGCUCACGAGUACCUCUCUUUGCAAUCUAUCUUGGGUAUUUUGGAGAGAGAAACCAUUUCUAUGCUGUCAAUGGCAGAUGGCUUACCAGCAUGGGCUACUCACCUUUAUUCACGGUUGCCAAGUUUGUGGCGAAAGAGGAAUUGGCACCCGUAAUGGCCAAAAUGCCCAGGAGCGGCUCUCCUGAAGUGUUUGAAGAUCUCCGUCGCAACGAAAAGGGCCCCUCCAGAGAUGACGGUGCUCACCUUAUCCAGAAGAUGGUGGACUUCAGAGUCAAAGCAGAUACGGUGCAUCAAAUCUACCUGGAGAAAAUGGAUGCAGUCCGCAAUUUUCUUUCCAAUCGACGACAAGUCAGCUAUCUCAGCCUCUGGGAGAUUGCCGACGUAUUACUCCCAGAAUCUCUCAAAAAGGAUGGCCGCUUCUCUCCCUUUGCCCUUUAUGCAGUCCACUCAGCGCUUUAUCAGAAUGAGAUUGGUUUCCGACCACUCAGCCCUACCAGUGAUUGCCAUCGCCGAGAUCACUUGUUCGAGAUUUUCCCUCAAUCUCAUACAAAUGUCAUCAACAAAGUUGUUGCCAUGGUUCGUGAUUACACAGAAACGAGUGGGAAGCGCUUGAGGCCGCCCAAGCCGGAUGAGCUGGAAGAGACUCUGCUGGGCAAGUUCAUCAACCAGGCACGCAAGAUAGUUUUGGCCAGCCGUUCGAAGCGGCAAUGGACACCACAUGGCAUCCUCACACCCGCAGACGGUGUGCAGUUGCCGCAGCCAGAGUGGUCUCAGUCAAGCAAGGAUAUCAUUGCGUUCCUGGAAUGGUGGGCCAGUUAUGACCUGUUUGAGCCUGGAUCGAAGUUUCAUGGCCACGGUGCCUUGAUUCUCCGCGCUCUUCAGCUAUACGACGAUGCUGUUCUCGACCAGAGCACGGCUUGGACGUUUUUACAAGAGAUUGGCGUCAUUCCCCCUUGGGAAGUUCCAUCACGUUACAAAGUGCGCUUUCCUGAUGUCACAAUCACUAGGGGUGGUGGUCUGGAGCGAGAGAUCCCCCAAGAUCUUGAAGAAUCCAAGCGGCCAGACGUGGCGGCUGGUUUCAGACGGGAGCACACACAGUCUACAAUAUUUUGCAUCGAUGCCGUGCCAACUAUUGUCAUCGAUGACGGUAUCUCGGUUGAACGCACGGAAAAUCCCGAUGAGUUCUGGCUCCAUGUUCACGCGGCAGAUCCUGCUUCCAGCAUCAAGCCAAACUCUGACCUUUGCAAAUACAUGGAGUUGAUUCCGGAGAACAUUUAUCUUCCUGGUCACUUUCAAGCUAUGCUCCCUUCCACUUUGGGAGAAGAGGAUGAUGCCAAAGACUACGCCUCCGACGGCCUCGUUAGCCAGUUUUCACUCAAGCCAGGCAGCCCAGCAUUGACUUUUAGCGCCAAGGUCAAUAGAGCUGGUGAGUUGCUGGAUUUCAAGGUUGAGCCCAGCAGACUCGAAAAAGUCGUGUACUUGGAUCCCGAGGAUGUAUCCCGAUUUUGCAACGAGCCAGCACCACCGCCAGUCCCCAACUACAGCCUCAUCGUCGGAACUCCUGAUGAAAACGAGAAGCCAAAGUUGAAUCGCCCAAUGACUACCUCUCAGGAUCUAGAUGCGUCCAGCAAAGAGGAUUUGCUAUUGCUGUAUCAACUCGCCGAAGCUAUCAAGAAGAAGCGCCUCGACAAGGGGGCGUGGCCGUACUUCUUCCCGCGGCCCUCCGUCUCCGUAUCCUUCAGUGAUACACCUGACUUGGCAGAUCAAUCCAAGAGCUUGCCUGCCGAUCCUUACAUCAAAGCUGGUUAUGAGACAUCGACGGGCUGCUCUGUCGUCUCUAAUACCAUGGUUCUGGCCGGUGAAAUCGCGGCACGCUGGUGCUCAUCUCGCGGCAUCCCCAUCCCCUACCGGAGGGACGUCAAGUUCAGGCAUGGCGGGCAGAUGGCUUUCCACUACGCUACAAAGGAGAUUUACCCUCUGAUCCGUAGAGGGAUCGAGCCAAGCGGCAGCCAGCGGCAGGAAAUGAUUCGCCGUACCGGCGGAAUCGAGAUAGCAAGUCAACCUGGCCCAUACUUCAUCCUUGGGCUGGACAUGUAUGCCAAAGCUACGUCGCCGCUGCGCCGCUUCUCCGACCUGCUCGUCCACUGGCAGAUCCACGCCGCCUUGCAACACGAGCGAGCCACCCGGCGAACCAUUGAUCCCAGCGUCGAGGACCCAGACGACAUCCUUCCCUUUUCUUCGGCCCAGCUGGCGACCACUCUCCCGCUGUUGCAGCUGCGCGAGAAGAUGGCACGCACGGUUUCUCGGGGCAUCCUCGAGUGGAUCCUCAUUGCCCUUGUCCGUGCAUGGCGCUUCGAGAAGACGGCUCCUCGCAAGCUCCGGUUCACCGUCGGCUCGCGCUGGCGACAGGGCUGCAUAGGCAAGGUGGAUUUCUUCGAUCUGCAUGCGGUUAUGGACAUUGAGGGCCUGAACCAGAAGGCCCUGAUCAAAGAUGUCAGGGUCGGGGACCAGUUCGACGUUGAGCUUGCGGAUGUCAACGUACACUCGCGGCGCAUCCUCGUCAAGGCCCUGAAGUAUCUCGGCCCUAAUGCCAGGCCGGUUUCAUCGACGUCGGCUCUAACGUGA